AUGUCAAACUUUCUCUCGAAAUCGGCCGUCCGAGCCGCUUCAACGUCGGCUUCCUCGCCCAUGACCAAGGCCGCGGGCGAUAUCUCCAGCGUUUUCCCUAGUUUAAGGCCAGACUACAAGCCGGAGCCAUUGCCUCCUCGAUUCAAGAAUUUGAAGUCCGAAUACUUCAACAAGAAUGAAGAGGCCUUGAAAAAAAGCUGGAAACGACUUCUUCCAAGCCUGGAGGAGGAGGUCGAUAAGAUUAAGUCGAAAGGGAGCGAUAUUAUCCCUUCUGUAAACUAUGCGGACGUGGUAUCGGGAACGGUGCCCGAUGAGAUUCUUGCCGAAAUCCGUCACCGUGGCACCGUGGUCAUCCGAAAUGUCUUGCCUCGGAAGGAAGCUCGAGAAUAUAAGGACCGCAUCCAGGACUACGUGGCUGCAAACAAGGAGCAUGUGAAGGCCUUUCCCCCAGACUCGCCGGCAGUAUAUGAAUUGUAUUGGACUCGUCCGCAGGCGGAAGCACGAGCCCAUGCCAACAUGCUCGGUACCCAAACUUUCCUGCAGCGCCUUUGGCAUUCCUCGGAUCCGCGCACGCCCAUCUCUACCAGAAACCCUCUGACUUAUGCGGACCGGCUCCGUAUCAGAGAGCCUGGUGAUUCUAAGUUUACUCUAGGGCCCCACAUCGACGGCGGCUCGCUGGAACGAUGGGAAGAUCCGGAAUAUUCUCGAGUGUAUACUAAGAUCCUCGAGGGCAAGUGGGAGGAAUAUGAUCCGUGGGAUGCCAAGCACCGCGUCACGGCGCAAAUGGACCUGUAUAACGGUGCUGGAGCAUGCUCUAUGCUGAGGUUCUUCCAGGGCUGGCUCUCCAUGUCCCACACCGCGCCUGGCGAAGGUUCCCUGCAUGUCUGUCCCAUGCUGGUCCACAGCACUGCAUACACCAUUCUCCGUCCUUUCUUUGACCCCGAGACCUCGCAAGCUGUGAUGGAUGCCACAUUCCCGGGAUCAGUCCCUGGUGCUUGCCAGGAGUACAAUCCCGUGACGCAUCCCCACCUGGAUCUGGAGACGACGAUGGUGUCUGUCCCCGAGGUUGAACCCGGUGAUUACGUUGCCUGGCACUGCGACUCCCUGCACUCGGUGGACAAGGAGCAUCGCGGCACGGGUGACUCCAGCGUGCUCUACAUUCCGGCGACCCCCAUGUGUGAUAUGAAUGUAGAGUACUUGCAGAAGCAGCGCGAGGCGGCUCAGAGCUACUCUCCUCCCUGGGAUUUCCCCGGUGCCGGUAGCCCCGGAGAGAGCGGGUUUAAGGGCGCUUUGGAUUGGAACUCUGUGAACCCAGAGGGUCUGCGUGCCAUGGGCUUUGGCAAUAAACCUUGGGAGAUUACUCCGGACAUGAGUGAGGGUGAAAAGCGAGUUGUGGAGGCGGCCAACAAGGCCUGUUUCGGCCAGGCCUGA